AUGCCCGGCAUGACCUCCAUUCAUGACGGGUCUCAACUUCAUCUCCAAGAAGGCUUCAGUACACAGGUGGGGCCGCAGGUUCCAUACUACGGCGACGAAGAUGCUGAUGGCGAUGUCCCCGAUGACCAGCCAUCGCCGGCCCACCCGCACCCCGAAGUUCCAUCUGGCUUCGGAAUCCCGACAUACUACGGCGAACGGACGCUGUCUGUCCUACACACAAACGGCCAACACCGGCUCUCGUUCACCUUUUGCCAAUGCGAGGGAGCGGAGGAGGAGGCGUUGCAGCUUUGGCGUCUGGGGUUCUAUCCAGGUUCGGUGAAGAGGGUGCACACCGUCUACACAGAAGCUUGCCUAAAGGACUUCGCCCUUUCCAACCUCCAAUGCAAGACGUCUGCGUUCGCAUACCACACGUAUCUCUGCAGGAAAACCGACGGCGCAUUCUACCGUGACCUCCCAAACGGAUACAAAGGACUUCUGCGCGCUUCGCGGCAAUGGCAGGAUAUGGCGAGGCGCAUACACGCCGGGUAUGCGCAUAGCAGCGACGAGCCGGGGCUGGGCGAGCUCGCGCUGAGAUGCCCGACGUGUCCACGAACCGGAGAAAACACCCCAGACGGCUGGGAGCGCGACCCGAAGCGACACAAGUACCCGCAAGGAAUAGCUAUGGAUGGAACAUAUGCCGCUCCUCACCUCCGGAUGAAGAACGAGGAGGAUGAUGUGAAUUUAUCAGAAGGCUUGGCAUACACAGUUGCAGACGAGCCUUAUAAAAUGCAUUUGGAGCGGUCGAUGUCCGCAGGGGAAGAGCGUCUUCGCUCGACCUGCCAUGAGCACAGAGCCGCGCUAGAGGCCCACAACACCAAAGCCCACCUCGAUGCAACGGGCGUGGGCGCGAUAGCGGUAGCACGAAUGGCGAGGCAGCUGAAAGAUCGUGGCACGGAGAAGGAGAAGAAGGACCUUGCCCUCGACCGACAGCAGCUUCUGGCGGACAUUCGUAAAUUUAACCAGGCCGGAGUGAAGCAUCUUCCCAAAGAGGCGUACCCCGUGCUUGAUGGGCUGGAUGGCGCAGACUCUUUGGGAGAGGAGUGGGACGAACUCGACGCCACUGGCCUGGUUGACGGUGUUCCUCUCCUGCCAUCCCUCAGCGUUGAGUUCGCAGGGGCUCCUGAAACGCGGCCCAUCAUACUGCCCUCCACGUUAGGCCCGGGCUACCUAUCUCGGCACAAAUUAUGGCAUCUCGCAAAGAUGGAAAGGGAGCUCCGCAUGGCUGACAUGAACGACUGCCUGAAUGGAAUCCGGGACGGCAUCUCGGCCAAGUCCUACCUCUUUCAUACCGGGGUGAGGCACGUGUCAUCCACUCGAACCUCCCUUCGGUCUUUCGACGAGAUCCGCCUGGUUGAUCACACGGUAACCCGGCAUGUGCGGGUCUACAUGCAGUCCUGGAACGCACUGCCCAGUCUCUAUGACAUCCGGAACGGAGAGGAGCUCAGCCUUCAAACACAGCACCAGAAUCUGUAUAAGCGGAUCCAUCCUGGGGAUCUCAAGCUCAACGCCUCAAUCCUUGAGCCAUCUUUGCGCGGAACUCGGGACCAGCACCCUUCAUGGGUCUGGACGUUCUCAGGACCAAACGGACCCGAAGACGCGGAGCUCUUCCAUACUGAAACGAGAAGAUCCAUGUGGUACCGCAGCAGUGAGAGGAAAGACCGAUGGAGUGAGGAGCUGGACUGGCUGCUGCUCGAAAUGGGCACAACCGUCCGGUCCUUCCGUAGAAGCAGUGCGAAGUGGGAGGCUCUUGGGAUGCAGGCCGGGCAAUCCCCGGGCCACAGUGCCUACGCAUUUGGCCAGGCCUCCAUGUGGUCGCGUUUUGCGGUUGAGGCUGAGAAUGCCUUCGAAGGUGUUGUUCAGAGAUUCCCCCCUCCAAUUUCCCAGACACAGCGGAUUGUAUUGUAA